CAUUAUAUAGCUGACAAUAACAUGGAAAAAAAGUAUCUGCUUAACCUCCUCUCAGCCAAGCACUUGGAAUGUAGACGUUAAUGAUUAUGUAGUGCUGCACAGUUGUGUUCAGCUUGCUGCUGUGCAGCAUCGAGCUUUUUGGACUGUUUACUGUUUAGUCGUAUCGGCGUGCUGGUUCCCGUGACUCAUAUCCCCAUUUUAUCCGCGCUCUCGCUGCACUAGCGCUCAGACACAACACAAUGUCUGAAGGAGACGGACCUGAAUCGGGUAGCGGGGUAGAGCCCGAUCCAGAGCCGGUUCCUGCUCAGGUCCCUAUACCUUCAACCGACAGUCAAAAACAGAUUAUUGGAGCACUUGUCAAGACACCUCUCCGUAAGGGAGACGAAUGGUUCUUGAUUGACAGCAGGUGGUUUAAGCAGUGGAAAAAGUAUGUGGGAUUUGACAGCUGGGAUAUGUACAAUGUUGGAGAACAGAGCCUCUAUCCAGGGCCUAUAGACAACUCAGGACUUUUCUCAGACCAGGAGUCUCAGUCCUUGAAAGAGCACCUUAUAGAUGAGCUGGACUAUGUUCUGAUGCCCACUGAGGCCUGGAACAAGCUGGUCUCCUGGUAUGGAUGUCUGCAGGGACAACGCCCCAUUGUCAGGAAGGUGGUGGAGCAUGGCAUGUUUGUGAAGCACUGUAAAGUGGAGGUCUACCUGCUGGAGCUCAAUCUAAGCGAGCACAACAACAUGGACAACGUGGUGAUGCGACACUUUAGCAAAGCCGACACCAUAGACGCAAUUGAGAAGGAGAUGAGGUCGUUAUUUAAUAUCCCUGCGGAGAGGGAGACCCGCCUGUGGAACAAAUACAUGAGCAACACGUAUGAGCAACUGAGCAAGCCGGACAGUACGGUGCAGGACGCUGGUCUCUUCCAGGGCCAGAUGCUGGUGAUCGAACAGAAGAAUGAUGACGGCACAUGGCCGAGACAAGCUCCCCAUUCACAGUCCAGUAUCGUGUCGACUAGGAAUUUCACUACCUCUCCAAAGCUCUCCUCCAACUCCUCAGCCACCAUCUCUUCAACAGUGACCAAUGGCGACAGCAGCAGCAACUCCAUCUACUCCCUGAACAACAGCACCUCCUCUGACAACAGGUUGGGCGGCUACAACUCCUACAGCUCGUCCUACUGUUACAGAGAGUCCCAGUCCCAACCAGGUCUGUGUGGCCUUAGCAACCUGGGUAACACGUGCUUCAUGAACUCCGCCCUCCAGUGCCUGAGCCACGCCUCCCCGCUCACAAAGUACUUCCUGGACGACCAGUACGAGGCGGAGAUAAACCGGGAGAAUCCGUUGGGGAUGAGGGGGGAGAUCGCCGAGGCGUACGCAGACCUGGUCAAGCAGAUGUGGCUGAGCCGCAGCAGCUACGUGGCUCCACGCACCUUCAAGACCCAGGUGGGCCGCUUCGCCCCCCAGUUCUCGGGGUACCAGCAGCAGGACUCCCAGGAGCUGCUGGCCUUCCUGCUGGACGGGCUCCACGAGGACCUAAACCGCGUCAAGAAAAAGCCUUACCUGGCUCUGAGGGACGACGAGGGUCGGCCGGACGAGAUCGUAGCCAAGGAAGCCUGGACUAACCAUCGCUUGCGCAAUGACUCCAUCAUAGUAGACAUCUUCCACGGCCUCUUCAAAUCCACUCUGGUCUGCCCAGAGUGUUCCAAGAUCUCUGUGACCUUUGACCCUUUCUGCUACCUCACACUGCCCCUGCCCAUGAAGAAGGAUCGCACAAUGGAGGUGUUCCUGGUCUGCGCGGACCCCCGAUCCAGACCUAUGCAGUACAGGGUGGUGGUCCCCAAGCUGGGCUCGGUAGCAGACCUCUGCAGCGCCUUGUCCAAACACUCCGGAAUCCCAGCCGAGAACAUGGUCGUGGCGGACGUUUACAACCACCGAUUCCAUAAAAUCUACCGGAAGGACGAUGGCCUCAACAACAUAAUGGAGAAAGACGACAUCUUUGUGUACGAGGUUGGUGAGGAGGAUGGGGAAACGGUCAACCUGCCUGUGUACUUCAGGGAGAGGCACAGCAAGCACGCGGGCGGCUCCACGGGUGCCCAGCUGUUCGGCCAGCCGCUGCUCAUCACCGUCCCCAAGCAGAACCUCGCCGUUGACCUGCUGUACGAGAAGGUGCUGGAGAGGAUUGGGCGCUAUGUGAAGCGGCCACAGGGAUCUGCUACCUGUGAGGGAAAGACCUCAGCCACUGCCUCCAGCAGCAUGGGCAGCCACAGCCAGGCUGCGGAGUCUACUGCAUUGGCCAAUCACAAUACAGAGCUGGGCGGCUGUGGUGGAAGUCUGUCCGAGGGGGCUUCCAGCAGUGGGCGAUGCACCAACAGCAAUGGCCAGCAGGGGCAGCAGAGCUGCAAUGGCCCCAAUGGGGCAUGUGGAGAUGAGGAAGAAGCCAUGGAUCACCAGGUCAGCCCGGAGCCAGAGUUUAGCCAAUCAGAUGACUCUGUUGGUGGGGAGGAGGAGGAUGACGAUGACGAUGAGGACGACGACCUGGAUAACAGCCCGUCUGGCAGCGUGGCGAAGCCUGGGAACGCUGAGCCCAAACUUUUCUCCUUCAGCAUGGUGAACUCAUACGGGACAGCCAACAUCGGACUGUUGCCCAGCGACAGCAACACCCUCAAAAUCAACACACAUUCCACUGUUGCAAUAAACUGGGACUCGGACAUGAGGAAACUGUACUAUGAUGAUCAGGAGGCAGAGGCCUAUGAGAAGCACGAGAGCAUGAUGCAGCAGCAGAAGAAAAAGACCACCGUAGCCCUGAGGGAAUGCAUCCAGCUCUUCACUACCAUGGAGAUCCUGGGAGAACAUGACCCCUGGUACUGCCCGAAUUGUAAGAAGCACCAGCAGGCCACAAAGAAGUUUGACCUGUGGUCUCUGCCCAGAAUUCUGGUGGUUCACCUCAAGCGUUUCUCCUACAACCGCUGCUGGAGGGACAAGCUGGACACCGUGGUGGACUUUCCUAUUAGAGAUUUGAACAUGUCAGAGUUUGUUUGUGACCCGAAGGCUACGCCCUACGUUUAUGACCUCAUCGCUGUGUCCAACCACUAUGGAGGAAUGGGUGGAGGCCACUACACUGCCUUUGCCAAGAACGAGGUGGACGAGAAGUGGUACUACUUCGACGACAGCAGCGUCUCAUCCGCUACAGAAGAUCAGAUUGUGACGAAAGCAGCCUACGUCCUGUUUUACCAGCGCAGAGAUGGGGAGGCUGCCACUGAGACCCCCCCCUCCGCCUCUGCUUCGAGCGGGGGCCCUCCGACGGGCGACGACCGCAUGGACACCAACUGAGAGGCCCAGAGUGGCGCAGGGACACACGCUAAAGAAAGCCCAAAAGCAAGUUCAUGCACAUACCCGCCUGCUAGGUCUCAAAUCUACAUGGUACUCCUCUGUGGCUUAGUAUUCUUACUUUUCAUCACAUGCAUAUUCUCCAAAAGCAGGAAAAAAACCCUCAGAUUAAUUUGAUUGGAGACCCAGAAGACUUCCCAUUUGGGCCCUGAAAACCACCGCUGACCCAGAUGGGGGCAGAGUGACAGACCCUUGAUUCCUGCACCGGACCACCACAAUUUUAGAAGUUGCCUAAAUGCACAGAUGAAUUUACAAGUCUGUUAUCAGCUAGGGGCACCAGAAAAUGAUCUUUAAAUAGCCAAAUGCACAAAUCCUCUCAACCAAAGCAUUGCAAGUUGUACAAGAUUGCAAAAGUGUGAAUUGUAUCAUUGGGUGGGGGUGGGGGUUUGCGUGUCAUACUGGAGCUGUGCACUCAUUUUUAAGCUAUAAACUAAUUGAUGUUGUUAUAGAACAGAGAGGACAAAUCUUUGCAGAGUCGUUUGUACCUUGGGUAUGUGUGUGCACUUGGCACAUAAACUUGCACACGCCUCACACUUUGCCCCCAGAAACUGAGGAUUUGGCGGGAUUGUGUAUCGAGGAGGUCUGGUCGUGACUGCUUUUCAUGUGAAAAACUGCGUGCGUCUCCUGCCCCUGACCCACCCCCAGCCUGACUAGCUGCAGCGUGAAGAGGAACAACCUGUUUUUCAUGGGCCGAUCGAUUCGCUUGCUUAACGUACGGUGCCUGUGUACUCCAGUCCUGUUAGCUCCGUCUUACCUUCUUCAGUCGGGGACAGUGCCACACAUCUGUUGCUCUGUCUGACUAACACAGAAGCACCAGCUGCCUUUGAGCAUGGGGACUUAAAAAAAAAAAAAAAAACAGGAUCUAGGAUUGAGUGAUUUAGGAUUUUUUUUUAAUGGUGAGCACUGAGAUUGCUUAAUUGGCUCAACCCCCGAUUGCUUUCACUUCCUUACAUACACAUGAUAUUUUAAAAGUGGUUCCAGGAAUGGAGAUUUAUGAUGCAAGUGUAAUAAAUAUGUGGUUUAAAGAAUGGUGAAGCCCAAUUAGUUCUUUGAAGGCUAAAAUGAAUUUCUGUCUUUUUGCGAUGAACUCGUAUGCUUUAGCCUGUCUUCUGCUGUUCUGUAUACCAAUCCAGGGUUCUUUUCUGGGGAUUUUUUAAAAUACAAUGCCUGCAAACACACUGGGAAGAUGGUGAACAUUUGGGUUGAAAACACUGCUGUUGAAAAGAAAAAAAGAAAAAAAGAUUGUCCGGAAGAGCUGGGACGGCACAGCGUGAACCAAACGGCAUGGGGAUGCAUGAGGAUGUACUUUGGUGUCUUCACUGAGCACGGGAGAGCUCUGUCACUCACAGCUGCGUGCUGCAUCCCCGACGAGGAAAUGGAUGAAAAAAACAACCACACAGCGCAAGCUGCUGCUUUUUUUCUUCCCCCCCCCCCCCCCCCCUAUAAAUCCUACAGCUGAAAAAAAUUGUCUUGAGGGUGAAAAAUGAAAAUUCAAUUCAUUGUGCUUUUAUUCCAUUGGAUUGUAGUUUUAUUUGUUCUAUUGCCUGCACUGUAAGAUCCAAUAGAGGUUAUAUCUGCCGUAAUGGAUGUACUAUAUAUGAGAAGACAUAAAGCAACACAAUAAAUUGAGUCAGAAACAAGUUUUUAUUGUUCAAAUAA